AUGCCUGCUGCCACGACCACCGCCGCCGCGGCCUCGACCACGCUCAAACUCAGCGGCGGCAGCUCCUCGUCGUCCGCCGCGAAGCAGGCCGAGGACCUCGACAUGUACGACGAAAUCGAGAUCGAGGACAUGACCUACGACGCCACCCUGCAGCUCUACCACUACCCGUGCCCCUGUGGUGACCGCUUCGAGAUCUCCCUGGGCAGUCUGCAGGAGGGCGAGGACAUCGCCGUCUGUCCCAGCUGCAGUUUGAUGGUGCGCGUCAUUUUUGACCUGGAAGACCUGGUCGGCGCGGAGGAGAAGAAGAACAAGAAGAACCACAAGUGA